GUACCUGUGUGUAUACCUGUGUGUAUUGAGGUGUGUAUACCUGUGUGUAUACCUGUGUGUAUUGAGGUGUGUAUACCUGUGUGUAUUGAGGUGUGUAUACCUGUGUGUAUACCUGUGUGUAUUGAGGUGUGUGUAUAGAGGUGUGUAUACCUGUGUGUAUAUGAAGUAUGUUUGUUCUAGGUGAAUGCGUACUGCAUGUUGUUUACACAUUCACUAUUUCCUGUAGAUAUAUGUACUCCACGGCUGUGUCCCAAAUCACACCCUAUUCCCUAUAUACAGUAGUUUCACGGCUGUGUCCCAAAUCACACCCUAUUCCCUAUAUACAGUCCCAUAUCACACCCUAUUCCCUAUAUACAGUCCCAUAUCGCACCCUAUUCCCUAUAUACAGUAGUUUCACGGCUGUGUCCCAAAUCACACCCUAUUCCCUAUAUACAGUCCCAUAUCACACCCUAUUCCCUAUAUACAGUCCCAUAUCGCACCCUAUUCCCUAUAUACAGUAGUUUCACGGCUGUGUCCCAAAUCACACCCUAUUCCCUAUAUACAGUCCCAUAUCACACCCUAUUCCCUAUAUACAGUCCCAUAUCGCACCCUAUUCCCUAUAUACAGUAGUUCCACGAUUAUGUCCCAAAUCACACCCUAUUCCCUAUAUACAGUAGUACACUACUUUUGACUAGAGCCCAUAGGGCUUUGUUUAAAAGUAUUGCAAUAUGUAGGGAGAGAAGGGUGCCAUUUUAAAACGUACCCCACUUCUGUCCCUAUUCUGAGGCACAUAUGUUAAACAUACCCCCCCCCCACCUCUUCUUCCUCCUCUCUGAAUGUUUUCUCCUUAUUAAACCCCUCUUCCUCUUCUUCCUCUCUGAAUGUUUUCUCCUUAUUAAACCCCUCUUCCUCUUCCUCUUCUCUGAAUGUUUUCUCCUUAUUAAACCCCUCUUCCUCUUCCUCCUCUCUGAAUGUUUUCUCCUUAUUAAACCCCUCUUCCUCCUCUGAAUGUUUUCUCCUUAUUAAACCCUGUUUGAAAUGUAUUUGAACCUUCCUGUUGUACGACACAGUGUUCUGCCUGCUGUUACAAUGUUUUUAAAUAGAGAAUUAAAGUGGCCUUUCUAUUGUUACGAUCUAAGCUGAGGACACCAUGGCUGUGUUAUGGAACCAUGUGUGUGUCUGUGUGGACACCAUGGCUGUGUUAUGGAACCAUGUGUGUGUCUGUGUGGACACCAUGGCUGUGUUAUGGAACCAUGUGUGUGUCUGUGUGGACACCAUGGCUGUGUUAUGGAACCAUGUGUGUGUCUGUGUGGACACCAUGGCUGUGUUAUGGAACCAUGUGUGUGUCUGUGUGGACACCAUGGCUGUGUUAUGGAACCAUGUGUGUGUCUGUGUGGACACCAUGGCUGUGUUAUGGAACCAUGUGUGUGUCUUUGUGGACACCAUGGCUGUGUUAUGGAACCAUGUGUGUGUCUGUGUGGACACCAUGGCUGUGUUAUGGAACCAUGUGUGUGUCUGUGUGGACACCAUUGCCGUGGUGGCAAACUGUAACUAAAUGCUCUAAUGGUUGUAAUAAUGCCUAAUUGAAAUCUUAUUUUAAUAGUGUUUUAUUGUCAUGUUUCCCAACUGAAUAAAAACAAACAUCUUCAACAUACCGUCUGCUGUACCAAUGUUAUUCUUUCACUGCGAUUGUGUUGGGUUACAUUGCCUUGUGGCUCUAGUAGUAAACUGUCUCAAACUUUCACAGGAUGCUAUCGUCUUUCACAGAAUGCUACGGUCAAGAGUAGUGGUCUUUCACAGAAUGCUGCAGUCAGGAGGAGUCGUCUUUCACAGAAUGCUGCAGUCAGGAGUAGUCAUCUUUCACAGAAUGAUAGUCAGGAGUAGUCGUCUUUAAAAACAAUACAUUGACAGCUCUUAGAUCCGCACACUGCUGUGGCCCGUGCGCAUGUAAUGGCUCUUUAACGGGGCUCGGUCCUAGCGGUUCUUAGAGUUUGGGUCACGUGCCAAGAUCGGCUAUGCCAGCCGGUAGAGGCUCGACUGUGUUACCGCUAGCGUACCGCUUAAUGAGAGAGUGAAAGAGAGAGAGAGGUGUUGUUGAUAUUGUAAACCGGUGACAGGUAUCGUCCCUUACGUCGUGUCCUUCUUAUCUUACCUCCGGUACUCCCCUUGAUGGUGUGUAUAAAAAGAGAAUAGAAGAUGACGCGAGGCUGAGUGAGUUUAACAGGAAGAUGCUCCUCGUCAGUGUGCCUGUGCUCCUUCUGCUUUCGGUAGUCGGUAAAGAUGCGGCUGACCUCCCCGAGACAGACGCGUCGUUUCUUCCGGACCUGGGGCUGCGUAGCGGGGGACAACCCGGUCCGUCGCUACCCGCUUCUCCGACCACCUCUCUAGACCGCUUCCAGGUUCAGCCACGGGAGGAGUAUGCCUCGCCGGGUAUUGCCUUGGCCCGGUCCGCCGAGGAACCGUCCGCGACCACGGAGGACGGCGGCGAGUCGCACCGCCACGGCGGGGGGUUUCAGAUGGUGCAGUGGGAAUGGAGCUAUGUUCAGACGCCUUACAUUAUCGCUAUAUGGAUCCUGGUGGCCAGCGUCGCGAAAAUACUGUUCCACUUCUCCCAGCGGUUCACCACAGUGGUCCCAGAGAGCUGUAUGUUGAUCUUACUGGGCCUGGUACUGGGUGGCAUCGUACUGCUGACCAGUAAGAAACAGCUGUACCAGCUAGAGCCUGGCCUCUUCUUCCUCUUCCUCCUGCCAACCAUCGUAGGUGACGCCGGGUAUUUCAUGCCCGCGAGGCUCUUCUUUGACAAUCUGGGAGCCAUUUUACUGUAUGCUGUGGUGGGAACUCUCUGGAAUGCCUUCUGUACAGGCUUCUGCCUCUACGGGGUCAAACUGCUGGGGAUCAUAGACCAGAAGGUUCAGGCAGGUCUGAUGUCUCUCUGUGUUCAGACCAGAAGGUUCAGGCAGGUCUGAUGUCUCUCUGUUCAGACCAGAAGGUUCAGGCAGGUCUGAUGUGUCUCUGUUCAGACCAGAAGGUUCAGGCAGGUCUGAUGUCUCUCUGUGUUCAGACCAGAAGGUUCAGGCAGGUCUGAUGUGUCUCUGUUCAGACCAGAAGGUUCAGGCAGGUCUGAUGUGUCUCUCUGUUCAGACCAGAAGGUUCAGGCAGGUCUGAUGUGUCUCUCUGUUCAGACCAGAAGGUUCAGGCAGGUCUGAUGUGUCUCUGUUCAGACCAGAAGGUUCAGGCAGGUC